ACUUCAUGCCACGCCGUGCGGUACCACUGAACAGCGAGUAUUUAGCAAGGGGGAGCCGGCAGAGGGGCGAUCACAUGUUCGCCCGCAUGGGAUUAGAUGUGGCCGGUGGCGGCUGGGAGCCGAGCCCAGCGCCUGGUGUCGGGCGCUGCGAGCCCAUGGCCCCGGGCAACCGGGCACAACCGCUGUAGGGCCCCGGAUGAUGUCCUACCUGCAGCCCCCUGGCCGGGACACGGAACGCUUCGAUGGGCUUUCCCUUAUUUACUGGACUCUCAUGGGACCAUAUGGGAUGGAUCGAACUGUGCAUUGCUUUGAAUUCUACGACUGUGCCAAUGGACUGGGAAUUAAGGUGAUCGGUGGCAUCAAGGAGCUCACUGGAGAAGAAUAUGGAGUUUAUGUCAAGAGGAUCCUGCCAGGGGGUGUUGCUUAUGCUGAUGGGCGCCUGCAGCCAGGAGACCAGAUCCUGGAGGUCAAUGGAGAUUCUCUAAUUGGGGUUACCAGCGAGAGGGCUGUGGAUAUCCUGAGGACAGCAUCAGCCACCAGCCACAUGCGCCUUCUGAUAGCCCGCGAUGAUGAUGCCAGGAGAGAGUUCUCAGAGCUGCUGGAGAAGUUUGGCUCCCAGAGCAACACCGGCUCCGCACGGAGCUCACCAGUCCUACAUGGUGGCAGUCGGUACCUGGAAAGCACAUCCUCAGGCUCCUCCUCACGCUCCCAGAGCCCGCUGCUGCUGAGCCCAGCCAGCUCCCACGGCCCCUUUGUCGGCAGCCCAGCGCAUGCACCCCACACACACUGCUCCAUUGAAUCAGGAAUCCAGAGUAUUUCUAUAGCAAAGUCCUCUGGCCUAGGGCUGAUGGUCAGCGGUGGAGCCAACAGGCCUGAUGGACCCAUGGUUUAUGUCCAAGAACUUACACCAGAUGGUGACUGCUACAAGGAUGGUCGGCUCCGACCCGGUGACCAACUCAUUGCUAUCAACAGAGAUUCUCUGGUGGGCAGCACACUGGAAGAGGCCAGAAAAAUUAUUGCAAAAGCCAAAUUCAGACAUGAGGGAAACACAGAAGUGGCCUUUAUUCCUGGAAGGGGACGGUUACAUCCUGGACUGUCACCUCAUAACAACAUCCCAUCGCCACCACCACCAAAGGCUGUGGGAAAUGGGCUGAGCUCCUGCAGACUGAAGGUCCACGUGAGGUCCCCAGAGAGCAGACAUGAAAACCAUUUUCCUGUGCCUUCUUUGUCACCAGAUAUCUGCCCACCAGAGCUCACUGUCUCAGCACCCUGCUCAGCCCCCAGCCUGAGAGCAGCCACGGGCUCCAAACCCAAAGUAGCACUGGAUCCUCACAUUCGCCUCAAGGAUGGCAAGCUGGAGCUGGUUCUGCAGUACCUCGGCCUGGAGGUGACCGAGGAGAAGAAGAGGCAGCUGCGGCAGAGCCUGACCACGGACUCACAGGGGACAGUGGCCUAUGGAGACCUCCUCCAAGCACUCAGGGAUGUGAUGCAGGAUGAGCUGGAUGAGGCUGGCCUGGACUCCAGCUCUGUGCUCUUCACACAGCAUGAGGUGGCCAGUCUGCUGGAUACAUCAGCAUUCCAUUCCCCGACCCUUGACUCACUGAGCUGCAACGGCAGCGAGGAGAUGGAGCAGCUCCAGAUGGAGAUGACCGAUCUGCGGCAAGAAGUCCGAAGGCUGAAGUCUCUCCUGAAAGAGAUGGAGAGCAAUAAGAAGUCGAUGGAAGAUGAGCUCCAGAGGCUGAACCAGAAAGCCUUGGGCUUCCUCUCGGAGAACCGGACACUGCACAGCAAGCUGCAGAUGGCUGAGGUGGUGCAGAGACAGGCACACAGCGCAGAGCAGGACUACGAGGAAGUGAUCCACUUGCUGGAAGCUGAAAUUGCAGAACUGAAGAUGCAGCUGGCAGGGAAAAAAGCGAAACACGUCGCUGAGAUAGAGGAGGACAUCCUGGAGCUGAAGAGGCAGCUGUCCCUGGCUGAUGGUCAGCUACGGAAAUCUGAAGUCUCACGGAAGCGCCUGGAGAUCUGCAAUAGGAAACUGCUCCUGUUUGUGCAGAAUGUUCACAAGGUCCUGAGCACACCCGGUCACCUACCGGAUGAGAAAAGAGUCAACAGUGAAACAGAAGAGGAUAAAACAGACGCAGUCUCAGAUACAUCUCUUCCAUCUUCAGAUCUUGUUGACCUUUUGCUAUCAGAAGCUAAAGAGCUGCUUGCACCAAUGUUCUCCAACAAGGACGCUUCUCCAUGUGACAGGGACCAGUGCCUGCCUGCCGAGGGGUUCCCAAAUUACAAGGACCAUCUCCAUCAGAAGACCACAUGGCCACCUCCUCCAAGUCAGAACAAGGGUGACCAGCCGCAGCCACCGAGCCCAACCAAGGAGCUGCCCACAAAGCCAACAUAAAUCUCCCAUAAGCAGCUCAUGUUCAGGACUGUGACAGCAUGCAGCUGCUGUGCUGGGAGAUGGCAAGGACACACAGCAGGAGCUUCAGCUUCCAGGCAGCCCAGAGAGAGAAAUAAGCUUUCUAACAUGAGACUGAUUCCUUCUGAUUGCUACCCAAGACUUUAUCAGCAACCUCCCCCUGCGCGUCUACCUCUGAGCUAUCAUACAAGGCUACCUGCUCUUGGUUUUGCAGCUUUAUAGGAAAACUAUUCUCAAGAGGUUACACAAGCCUGGAUUUCACUGGCAGCCUUUUAGAGCUUGGAUCCUGGGUAGUAAGAGGAGCACGGACUUACUCAAGGGACUCAGAUUCCUUUUGGUAUUUCAUACGAAAAACCAAAGCACAUUUAGUGGCUGUCAUCAAUGCAGCUUAAUCCAUAGCGUGCUAGCUGUCUUGGGAUAGGAACUUCUCUUUUUAUUCUUUUUGUAUAGCUUAUCUCAGCUGCAAUGCUUGAAACAGAAGCAGCAUCCCAGCAAGCUGCUGGGGGUGUCUGUGUGCAACUGGUGCCCACGUGUUGCUGAGCACUGAGUGCUCCCUGCAGAACCCAGACAUCACAAACGCACCUCAAUAACAGCCUGCAGAAUCACCUGGGAGCUACAUCGGUGUGAUGCAAGCUUGUACGUGGUUAGCAGUGGACAUGGGAGAGGUCUGAGGUGAAUACUGGCAAAUAAAAUGAACGUGCUGCUCAGCAGGUGCUGGCUUUCUGAGCUGGGUUAUGCUUGCAGUCACUGUGCACAGUGUCUCUGGGGUGAAUAUCUUGCUCUGCUACAUUUUUAACUCCAUUUCUAACUAUUCUGACAGCUCACAGCAAGAUACAUACAGGAGUAGCAGGAGAAUGGGAUGCAUUCUAGCUGUUACACCAAGUUACAGUUACUUUAGCUUUCCUUUGUGUGGGUUCAGGGCAUCCUUUAUAGCUUUACAAUACAGGCCUAGGAAAAAUCAUGGUGAUAACUGAUAUCCACUGUAUCAAAGAUAAAACUGCACUGCUAAAACAAGGAACUUUGUGCUGGAGCUUCUCGGAUUAAUAACCAGUGUGAAAUUCCAAUUGAAUUUACUUUCAUAGCUUGUGACUUUUUUUGAAUACAACUCUCAGAAUGCAAAUUAAAAGACUUCUUUUAAAAGGAAA